UAACGUAUUAAUUAUGUGAUAUUUUAAACAAUGAAAAUAUUAUCGCUGCAAUUCACAUGUAUGUUCCUAUUUUUCCACGACCGUCUUGUGCUUGUGGAUACGGAAAACAUCAACGAGACGAAUGUGAUAGAUUUACGACUCCCCUAUGUCAGAGUUCCUGAAACAAAAACUUACUAUGUUUGUCAGCAAUUUGAGGUCAAAGAUGACAUACCAUAUCACGUCACGAGAUUUGAACCAAUCAUAAACAAUACUGAUAUCAUUCAUCACAUGCUUGUAUUCGGAUGUGACUUCGAAAUGGAUGAAAAGGGGCCUCAUCCAUGUGACUCGUUAGACUACAGGUGUCACACAUGGCUCGGCAAGUGGGAUGUUGGAAUGGAUGAUCUUAUAAUGCAAGAUAAUGGGGGUGUCAGAAUAGGGAAAGGUUCGUUCAAGUAUCUAUUACUGCAGAUACACUGGAAUAAUGAGAUGGGUUUGAAAGAUGAAACUGACAGUUCUGGGAUGCGGUUGCAUGUUACUUCUCAUUUACGUGCAAACGACAUCGGAAAUGUUCAAAUUGGUCAAAACGACAUUAACAUCCCCGGGGAAACUGAUCACGUUCUUAUAUCCGGAAUAUGUCCCGGUAGAUGUACGGGUCUUAUGCUACCAUCACCAAUCUAUAUUACAAACGUAUAUUUGCAUAUGCAUGGACUAGGUGUAAGGGCGACAUUGGGCAUCCAUCGAGACAGAGAAGUAACUGAGACCAUAGCAACAGAGGACAACUAUAAUUAUACAAAUCCUAUCUGGCACAAUAUGUCGCCACCUGUGAAAGUUAAUCCGGGAGAGCCUAUAGAAAUAAAAUGUUGGUUUGACAGCAAGAAUGGUUUGAGAUUCAGACAAAAUACAACGAAUUAUGGUCAAGGAACAAAGGCAGAGAUGUGUUAUGCAUUCAUAAGAUACUAUCCAAGAAUUCUUGGCUUCGACCAAUGUCUUCAAAAAGGAAAUAAGACGUUGAAUUGUUAGUUUAUCUGUAUGCUAUUUGUAUUCUAUAUUAAUUUUUAUAAGUCAUUUUUGUGAUUUAUCAUUAGAAUUAAAAUGAUGAUGAGCUUUAUAAAAUCA